GCAUUCUUCACGUCUCAAAAGAACAUUGUUGACGGAAAUGAAUGGAGAGCAUGAACCAGGCAUGGAUGCACAGCUGUUUACUGAGGAAAAUCUACAGAUCCCAUUUGGGACCAAGAAGCUUGUGGCCGUGCUGUGUAGAUCCACUGUUCCAGUGAAGGAUGGGGCUGAUACUGGGGUCAUUUUAACCCACGGAGCCGGAGGAGACAUGAACUUCAGACAGCUGGUUUCUCUCGCUCAUGCUUUAGCCGCUAAGGGCUUCCUCUCUCUGCGAUUCACAUGUAAAGGACUCAAUCUGGUUUAUAGAGUAAAGGCCUAUCAUGCUGUUUGGGACUACUUGAAGACAGAGUUUCCUACAAUAAAACACAUCUAUCUUGGUGGCAGGUCAAUGGGGUCCCGUGCAGCUGCGGCUCUGCUCCGACAGCUGAGUGAUGGCACAGAGGAUACAGCUCAGGGCCUUAUCUGCCUCUCCUUCCCCCUGCACCCCCCCUCACAGAGAGAUGCCUAUCACCAACGCAGCCAGGACCUCCGGCAACUGCCCCAACAUACCACCGUUCUCUUUGUGUCGGGGACUCAAGAUGACAUGUGUGAUAAAGAUCUUAUGAACAAAACAGUGGAGGACAUGAAGGCACAGGUCGAUGUCAUGUGGCUGAAUGGAGGCAGCCAUGGACUCGCUGUAAAAGGGAGGUCUGAGGAUUCUGUGAUGGAGGAAGUCAACUCAUAUGUCAUCGCAUGGAUUUGUAAGCAAGUAGUGAGAUAGAAGUGCAUAUUUUUAUAUUUGUAUUUUUAUAUAUUUCACUUGAAUAAAGACUAUUUGGUCAUAAUGUC